CACACUGUCGUUCACGACAUACCGACUCUCUGGCUGGCGACCAGCCGGGAUUGAAAAGGUUGUCCGUAGUAGGCUAUAAUAACUUAAUUGAAAGCCAAUAGAACAUGGCAUCGAAUAGUUACAGUGAAGUUCCCAAAUGGGAGAGAAAAACACGUUUGUGUCUUUGUAUCUUCGGUUUGUUUUUGUCAUUCUAUGCUCUGCACGUUGAAAUUUCGCGAGAGAGGGACCCUGAGUAUCGGGCGAUGUGCGACCUGGGAGAUUCUGUGAGCUGCUCUAAAGUUUUCACCUCAAGAUGGGGACGUGGUUUUGGGCUUGUACAGUUCUUCUUUGCUAAAGACAGUGUACUGAAUCAACCCAACAGUCUGUUGGGGAUCAUUUUCUACACAUUGCAACUGGCUCUGGGUCAGUCUGUGUCCAGUAGGGCAGCGUUCCUCCUGGUCUUGGCCUCCUGGGUGUCCAUGGCUGGAUCGCUGUACCUAGCCGGAGUACUUGCCUUCAUUCUGGGAGAUUUCUGCGUGGUCUGCGUCUCAACCUAUGUGGUUAACUUUUUGCUGCUCUUCACCAAUCUGAAGAGGAGGACGGGACUGGAAGCAGUCAAGAAAAAGACUGGCUGAGAGACUCUUUGUGUGCAUCUCAAUAGUCUAAGUAGUUUUUUCCCCCUUGCCUUCCAUCCUACUGCACUGAUAAUAUACAGCGCAUUCGGAAAGUAUUCAGACCCCUUGACUUUUUCCACAUUUUGUUACGUUACAGACUUAUUCUAAAAU